CGCUGUACAGUUGCGAUAACACGGGAGUGGGCGGCGGGCGACGGAUAGCGAGUUGCAGGAGGCACACGUGAAGGUCGCGACGAUGAAGGCGGCUGUGGUGGACGCGAGUCGGACGGAGAAGCUGAGAGCAGACAUGAAGGCGGCCGCCGCCCGGAGGAGCAGCUUCGACUCGGACGAGGUGCAGAUGUACCUCAACAAGCUGACCGACCUGGUGCCCAACGCGCCCAAGCACCGCAAGCUCACCAAGCUGGAGGUGAUCCAGUGCGUGAUCGAUUACAUCUGCGACCUCGAGGACACGCUGCUCAGUCGGCAGCAGGUCAAGCCGGCGGCCGUUCUCGUCGAGACGCAAAACACAGCGUACCCUAGCCAGGACUCGCCACCGGAGCCCAACUCGUGAGCGGCGCCGGCGCCGCGCUGACGUCACUGCUCUCCGGCCGGCCGGAGUUCCCCGGGCGGCGG